AUGGUGGCCACGAAGGGGGCACCCGGCUGCACCCUCUUGCUUGCCAUCGCCAACCUCUUGAUACCCCUGUCGAUUCUCGUCUUUGCCACUGGAUUCUUCCCUUACAAGCCCUUCAUCCCAGGCCUGGCCGAGUAUGAAGCUCUCGAGUACGGCCCACCGCCGAAGCCCCCCUUCGACAGGCUUGUCUUCAUGGUCGUGGAUGCGUUGCGAAGCGAUUUUGUCUACUCUCAGCACUCGGGAUUUCAGUUUACCCAGAGCCUCAUCCGCGAUGGCGCCGCCAUCCCCUUUACCGCCAAUGCUCGCUCUCCGACGGUGACGAUGCCGAGGCUCAAAUCAAUCACCACCGGCUCCAUUCCAUCCUUUGUUGACUUGGUUCUCAACAUCAACGAAGGAGACGACUCCUCGUCCCUGGCCGCUCAGGACUCCUGGCUAGCCCAGCUCAAGGCAUCCGGAAAGGGCAAGCUGCUCAUGUUCGGCGACAACACAUGGCUCAAGCUCUUCCCGGACGUGUUUGAUCGUCACGAUGGGACCUCGAGCUUUUUUGUCUCCGACUUCACCGAGGUCGACAACAAUGUCACCCGGAACAUUGCCCACGAGCUAAAAAAUGACGACUGGGGGCUGAUGGUGUUGCAUUAUCUCGGCCUCGAUCAUAUUGGUCACAAGUCGGGUCCUAAAAGCUCCAACAUGCUGCCCAAGCAGCGCGAGAUGGACACCAUCGUUGAGCGUAUUUACCACGCCAUGGAGUCGGAGGAACAUCUCGCAUCCACUCUGCUGGUUCUUUGCGGCGACCACGGCAUGAACGAUGCGGGAAACCAUGGCGCCUCCUCUCCCGGAGAGACGUCGCCAGCCCUCGUCUUCAUGUCCCCCAAGCUGAAGCCCAUCUCCGGCAAACGGACGGCGCCGACGCAUCCCAAGGACGAGUUCGAUUACUAUACGGUCGUUGAGCAGUCUGACAUUGCCCCCACGCUUGCCGCACUGCUUGGCUUCCCCGUUUCCAAAAACAGCCUUGGCGCCUUUAUUCCCGACUUCUUAUCCUUUUGGCCAACGGCACGCGACAAGACGCAAAUCAUGAUGCGGAAUGCAAGGCAAAUCUUGAACAUUGUUACUGCCGCCUUCGGCACCGAGCUGUUCGACAUGGCAAGCUCCGCGGACCCUUGCACCAUGCCACCGACUCGGGUCCAUGAACUGGCCUGUCGAUGGCGCCGCAUGAGCCUUCAUGCCGAUUCGGUUGCAUCGGCCUCCGACAUGGACCAGAACUGGCUUUCGGAAGCCUCCCUUUGGCUGCACGAAGCCCAGGACCUGAUGAGCAGCAUGGCCUCCACCUACGACAUGCGGAAGCUAUGUCUGGGCCUUGGCCUAGCUGUUGCUGCAGCCAUCGCCAGCAUCGUCGUGGCAGGACUUCCGGCCAGUCGUCAGACCGAGUUUUUCAUGCCCUUGAUAAUACUUUCCUCAUACGGGAUGAUGAUGUUUGCGAGCAGCUACGUCGAGGAGGAGCAGCACUUUUGGUACUGGGCCUCGACUUUUUGGGUUGCGCAUCUGGGCUCAAGGGCCAUUCAACGUACUGGGAGAAUCUCAACCGCUGUCUCGUACAUCCUGGCGCUUCUCGCCCUGCGGUUGACAAGGGGCUGGAACCAGACCGGUCAGAAGUUUGCAGGAGAGCCGGACAUUGUCAAGACGUUUCUGGUCCCUUUCCCCCAGCUUCUGUGGGUUCUGACUGGCGUCAUGUAUGCCCUGGACUCAUUCCAUGUUCUCGCUAACCUCAGUGGCCUCCCGUUCAUUGUUGCCACCUCCCUGACGUCGAUCCUCGCCUCGGCUGCGUUCACUUUCAAGCUGGCUUUUACCGUCGAGGAUUCUCCCGAACUCGUCGUUGGAUGGUUGAAGACGGCCAUUGAGCGAUUUGAGGGACAGUCGUUGCUCUCAAGGGCACGUGUCGUCUUCGCCGUCAUCGCACUGAUUGCAAGCUUUGCAGUCUUUCAAGGAACCAAGGGAGGACGCUAUUCCAAAUCAUCAGCCCAACUCUUGCAUCAUCUCUACACCCUGCUGGCCAUGACCCAGUCUCGAGCUGUCAACAUUCCCCUGUUUCUGCUAUCCACCAUCCUCUUCUACGCCCUCUCAUCCGUCGACCUCACCGUCACCGACAUCACCAUUUCGUCCAUCCUCUUCCAGCAUGCCUCUUUCUUCGCCUUUGGCGGGUCCAACGCCAUCUCUUCAAUCGAUCUCUCGAGCGCCUACAACGGCAUCAGUGGCUUCAAUGUUGUCGCCGUCGGCGUGCUCACAUUCAUCAGCAACUGGGCAGGCCCCAUAUUCUGGACCUCGGCCACGAAUCUUCUGCUCCUGCAAAAGCAAAGGCAGGGCCUGCGCAACGUCUUCCGCGAUCACCUUGCACUCUUGACGGUCUUUGCCACCAUGAGCGUGGCGUUUGUCAUGGCGGCAUGCACGGCUCUGAGGACGCAUCUGUUCAUCUGGACCGUGUUUUCUCCGAAAUAUCUCUACUGCAUGGCGUGGAGUUUGGGACAGCAUCUGCUCGUCAACAUUGGCCUGGGCACUUUUUUGUUUUGGCUCGGAGCCCGAGAGCAGCGCGGCUAG